AUGGUGAUACUAACCAACCGGAUGCUGGUCCAGAGACGAGCCCAGACCCGACCCCCGAGACCCGCUCACCGGAGACCACUACCCCCCAAGCGAGGGAUGUCACCUCCCCAGCCUCUCUCCACGCGCCUGCAGUCUUUCUCCAGCUCAGAUCCUGGAUGGAGCGUUGGGAGAAGGAGUGACGAACCCCAGCGGAGGCGGAAGGCAGGAGAGGAGAGGGCCUGUAACCCAGAGCGAAAGGGAAAACGAGGGCGCGGGGGCGAGGGCGACCCCGCGCCGCUGGCCGUCGAAGAUUUAUGGCGCCGUUCCGGUUCCAAGGACGGACUGCGCUAGCCGCUGCUGCCAACGUCGGAAGCCGCAGUGGCCGCUGCGCCCCCUGCCCGGGCGGCCCGCCGCGCCCCGGCGCCUUCCUCAGCCCAGUCAACCGGCCCUGGCCCAGACAACUCCUGGCCCUUAGGCGCGGAGCGCUGGACCCUCCCCACUUCGUUCAGGGAGGCAAACUUUGCAGCCCCAGGCCCUUCCUCCCUCCUGUCCCCCUUGGCGAGCAUGGGCCGCAGGUGCCGGGCGCAGGGCGCAGGUGUGCGGCCGCUUACCUGGGGCGCGCAGGCCCGGGAGCUGCAGGAGGCGGCGGGCGCGGCGCGUGGCCCGCGGGCUAGAGGACCCCGGGAGGGCGCGAGUGACUGCGCGGGCGGCUUCGGCCUCGGCUCCGGGCCCGUCCGGGGCCUCGGGGGCAGCGGCGCAGGGCACACAUCUUCGCUCACGGGGCCCUGGCGUCCCGCGCCCGCUGAGAGCGGGCGCCGCGCGGGAGGGGCCAGCGGGGCCGCGGGUGUGAGCGCGAGGAGCCCGGGAGCGCGGCUGUGCGCGCGCGCGGGGAGGGGCCGCGCCGUCACCCGGAGAGCCCAGCGGAUCCCGGACUCCCGCCCGCCGCUCCGCCCGCCGCGCACCUCCUCUCACCGCUCGCCCGGCUCCAGCCGCCGCCGCACGGUAAGUACCCGCGUCCGGUCGCCCGCAGCCCCCGCGCCCUGCCCCUACAGCUUUUUUCGUUUAGUUCCGAUUUGGGUUCUUGUGGCUGUUGUUCUUAUUAUUAUACCUGAAGACAACCAUCGCCUCACUCCCACUGCCGUCCGCCUCCCGCCUCGUCGCCCUCUCCAAGAUCAUCCCUCAAGCCCCAGGAGCCGGAGAGGGCCCCGCAAGCAGCCCUGGCGGCUGCUCCUGGCCGCUGCGGCCCCCCUUCUCCUGGCUCUGGGGCCCAGAGCCCCCUCCACUCCGGAAAAGCCCGCGGGGCCCCCAGACCCUCAGUUUGGGGAGGACGCGCUCUGCUCUGAGGAGCAUCCUUCACUGCACGCGGGCAGGGCACACUUGCCGGUUUCGGAAAACCGAGAAGACAUCAGAUCAAAGCGCGGGACCUUGUGGCUUCGAACACCGGCCAGGAUUCCUCUCAACCCAUAUGAACUGGGACAGCCCGGCUUGAAGUAUACUCAAAGAGGAGACGCCCCCAAAAGAGGAAGCCCAGAGCCGGAGAGACCGCGCUUGGCCUGAGCAGGAAAGGCAUAUCUGAAGAAGGAGGAAAACUUAGGGAAUGGGCUGUUAGGAGCAAAGGAGAAGUGGCUCCAGAGAAACUUCCUCGAGAACCCCUCUGUCCCACGCGCUAACCCGGAUGGAAAACAGCCUUGGAGCGGCGGCAUGGAGGCUCUCACCACUCAGCUGGGGCCGGGGCGCGAGGGCAACUCCUCACCCAACUCGAAGCAGGAGCUGCAACCCUACUCGGGCUCCAGCGCUCUCAAACCCAACCAGGUGGGCGAGACGUCGCUGUACGGGGUGCCUAUCGUGUCUCUGGUCAUCGACGGCCAGGAGCGCCUUUGCCUGGCGCAGAUCUCCAACACUCUCCUCAAGAACUACAGCUAUAAUGAGAUCCACAACCGCCGUGUGGCCCUGGGCAUCACGUGCGUGCAGUGCACGCCAGUGCAGCUGGAGAUUCUGCGUCGGGCCGGGGCCAUGCCGAUCUCCUCGCGCCGCUGCGGUAUGAUCACGAAGCGCGAGGCCGAACGCCUGUGCAAGUCGUUCCUGGGCGAGCAUAAGCCACCCAAGCUGCCCGAGAACUUCGCCUUCGAUGUGGUGCACGAGUGCGCGUGGGGCUCGCGUGGCAGCUUCAUCCCCGCGCGUUACAACAGCUCGCGUGCCAAGUGCAUCAAGUGCGGCUACUGCAGCAUGUACUUCUCGCCUAACAAGUUCAUCUUCCACUCGCACCGCACACCCGACGCCAAGUACACGCAGCCCGACGCCGCCAACUUCAACUCGUGGCGCCGUCAUCUCAAACUCAGUGACAAGUCGGCCACAGACGAACUGAGCCACGCUUGGGAGGACCGGGGACUUGGUCUAGCGGCGGGAGCCGGCGGCCCGCCGGGCCCUGGAGCGCCUGGUGGCGGCGCCGGCGUACGCAGCUACCCAGUGAUCCCAGUGCCCAGUAAGGGCUUUGGCCUCUUGCAAAAACUGCCCCCGCCGCUUUUCCCUCAUCCCUAUGGCUUCCCCACGGCCUUCGGCCUCUGCCCCAAAAAGGACGACCCGGUGCUAGGCGCGGGCGAACCCAAGGGAGGCUCCUAUGUGUCGGCCUUCCGACCUGUGGUCAAGGACGCCGAGAGCAUCGCCAAGCUCUACGGUAGCGCCCGCGACGCGUAUGGCGCCGGGCCUGCUCGGGGGCCGGGGCCGGGCGCGGGGUCCGGCGGCGGUUACGUGAGCCCAGACUUUCUGAGCGAGGGCAGCUCCAGCUACCACUCCGCCUCGCCCGACGUGGACACUGCUGACGAGCCCGAGGUGGACGUGGAGUCCAACCGCUUCCCCGACGAUGAGGGCGCUCCAGACGACGCCGAGCCGGGCGUGCCCAGUGCGCCCAGCACGGGAGGCGGCCCGGACGCCGACCAGCCCGCAGGGCCCCCCCGGUCAACAUUUGGGGACCUGGCGGCCGACGACGUGGUGCGGAGACCUGAGAGGAGCCCGCCGAGCGGCGGCUAUGAGCUGCGAGAGCCUUGCGGGCCGCUGGGGGGCCCCGCGCCGGCCAAGGUGUACGCGCCAGAGCGGGACGAGCAUGUGAAGAGCGCGGCGGCGCUGGGGCCCGCGGCCUCCUACCUCUGCACCCCCGAGGCCCACGAACCAGAUAAGGAAGACAAUCACUCGACCGCCGACGAUUUGGAAACGAGGAAAUCCUAUCCAGACCAAAGGAGUAUCUCCCAACCAAGUCCCGCAAAUACAGACCGAGGUGAAGAUGGGCUCACCCUGGAUGUCACAGGAACUCAGCUAGUGGAGAAAGAUAUCGAGAACCUGGCCAGAGACGAAUUGCAGAAACUGCUCCUGGAGCAAAUGGAGCUCCGCAAGAAACUGGAGCGAGAAUUUCAGAGCCUCAAAGAUAAUUUUCAGGAUCAAAUGAAGAGGGAAUUGGCUUAUCGAGAAGAAAUGGUGCAACAGCUGCAAAUUGUCAGAGACACUCUGUGUAACGAGCUCGACCAAGAGCGGAAGGCGCGCUAUGCCAUCCAGCAGAAAUUAAAAGAAGCCCACGACGCCCUGCACCACUUCUCCUGCAAGAUGCUGACGCCCCGCCAUUGCACUGGCAACUGCUCCUUCAAGCCCCCGCUGUUGCCCUAG